CCGAAAAAACGGCCACGAAUUCCCGGACGGAAUGCCCUAUCUCCCAGACUGGGACGAAGAAGAACACCUCACCAUGAUGAAAAACAACAAAAUUUCAAAAUCCAUCCUCUCAAUCUCAAGUCCAGGCUGUCAUCUCGUGCCGGGAAACGACUCCCUCGCCAGAAAUCUAGCUCGAGAAGUGAAUUCUUUCGCCAGCGAUUUAAAGAAACGCAGACCCGAUCGUUUCGGAUAUUUCGCUGCAUUACCAUUACCCGAUGUGCAAGGAUGUUUAGAGGAGAUUGAAAAGAGUGUUGAAGAAGGUUGUGAUGGGUUUGUGAUGUUCACGAAUCAUCACGGACAUUAUCUUGGCGAUAAGGAAUUUGAUGCUGUGUUUGAUGAGUUGAAUAGGAGGAAGGCUUUGGUUUUCAUACAUCCUACCACGCCUCACUGUCCCUGUUCGUCUGAAGAGAUUGCUGCUGGACAGCAGCCGAUGAAAGCUACGCCGUUUCAAGGGAAGUUACCGAAUCCUUGGUUGGAGUUUACGUUUGAUACGGCGAGGGUUGUGACGAAUUUGUUUCUGAGUGGGACUGUGCAAAGGUGUCCGAAUCUUAGGAUUGUUCUAUCACAUUUGGGAGGAGCUUUUACGCCUUUGCUUUCGCGAUGGACAGGGUAUAGUGAAAUGCUGCCGGGGCCGACGUGGCAGAGUGUGUCUGAGGAGGUAGUCAAGGAGGCGUUCAAGAAGCAGAUAUGGUUUGAUAUGGCUGGCUUUCCAUUUCCGAGCCAGCUGAAAGGUCUGGUAGAGGGGGUUGGUGUUUCGCAUACAAGACUAAUGUAUGGGUCUGAUUACCCCUUCACACGCAUAAAGCUCGUUGAGAUCUUGAUUGGGCAAAUGGACGAGGGCGUGAAGAAGAUGUUCAGCGAGGAGCAGAUCAAAGACUUGUAUCAGGGAAACGCUGAGAAGCUUCUAGCAUGCAAAUAGACACCAUUUG